CACGCCUCUCCUGGAGCUCUCACCUCGGCGCCCCACGGCCACCGGAGGCGGGGACAGGGAGUCCGGGGCGGGCCGGGCCAGGGGAUCUGCAGCGGCGGCGCGAGCGUAACUCCCCAGCCAGAGCCAGGAAAGAGCCCCGAGCAGAGGAGGAAGGGAGCGGGGACCUGCCCUCCGCCUGCAGGCUUCUGGAAGAAGCGUCUCCUAUUACGGCCCCGGAAUAAGAAACCCCGACCUUGCCCGCUGAGCUCCGCGAUGCCGCAGGUUUAGAAUGGAGCUCAGACACCAUACCCCAAAGAUGCUGGCAGAGACAUUCUGACUCAUUAAUGGAGAGCUGGCUGAUAGCAGAGAGGGGUGAUAUCAGCCUUGCAGACAUUGCCCCGGGGAAUUCUGAGCAGUGUUGCUCACAGCACCACCUGGCCAGAUGGAGACCACCAUGGUGUUCAUGGAUGACAAUGCCACCAACACCUCCACCAGCUUCCUUUCUGCGCUCAACCCUCAUGGAGACCUUGCCGCUUCCCUCCCAUUCAACUUCAGCUAUGGUGACUAUGAUAUGCCUUUGGAUGAAGAUGAGGAUGUGACCAAUUCCCGGACGUUCUUUGCUGCCAAGAUUGUCAUUGGGAUGGCCCUGGUGGGCAUCAUGCUGGUCUGCGGCAUUGGCAACUUCAUCUUUAUCGCUGCCCUGGUCCGCUACAAGAAGCUGCGCAAUCUCACCAACCUGCUCAUCGCCAACCUGGCCAUCUCGGAUUUCCUGGUGGCCAUUGUCUGCUGCCCCUUUGAGAUGGACUACUAUGUGGUGCGCCAGCUCUCCUGGGAGCACGGCCACGUCCUGUGCACCUCUGUCAACUACCUGCGCACUGUCUCUCUCUAUGUCUCCACCAAUGCCCUGCUGGCCAUUGCCAUUGACAGGUAUCUGGCUAUUGUCCAUCCACUGAGACCACGGAUGAAGUGCCAAACAGCCACUGGCCUGAUUGCCUUGGUGUGGACGGUGUCCAUCCUGAUCGCCAUCCCUUCCGCCUACUUCACCACCGAGACGGUCCUCGUCAUUGUCAGGAGCCAGGAAAAGAUCUUCUGCGGCCAGAUCUGGCCUGUUGACCAGCAGCUGUACUACAAGUCUUACUUCCUCUUUAUCUUUGGCAUCGAGUUCGUGGGCCCCGUGGUCACCAUGACCCUGUGCUAUGCCAGGAUCUCCCGGGAGCUCUGGUUCAAGGCGGUCCCUGGAUUCCAGACCGAGCAGAUACGCAAGAGGCUGCGCUGCCGCAGGAAGACGGUCCUGGUGCUUAUGUGCAUCCUCACCGCCUACGUGCUGUGCUGGGCGCCCUUCUACGGCUUCACCAUCGUGCGCGACUUCUUCCCCACCGUAUUCGUGAAGGAGAAGCACUACCUCACUGCCUUCUACAUCGUCGAGUGCAUCGCCAUGAGCAACAGCAUGAUCAACACCCUGUGCUUCGUGACAGUCAAGAACAACACCGUCAAGUACUUCAAAAAGAUCAUGCUGCUCCACUGGAAGGCUUCUUACAAUGGCGGUAAGUCCAGUGCAGACCUGGACCUCAAGACAAUCGGGAUGCCUGCCACUGAAGAGGUAGACUGCAUCAGACUAAAAUAACCCCCUGGACUUUGCCAAGUUUAAGCACAAGGCAGGGUCCUGCGGACACUGACUAGUGUGCUUGGAUGCACAUCAACCUGGAACUUUUUGUGUGCGGCAGAGGGCAGAGUAAAUGGACCACUCUGUGAACCAUGUUUUCAAGGAGCUCAGAGUUUCUAAAAUGCAUGUGACCAGACACUAUCAAUAGUGGCAUUUGUUGAAUGUCUAAUUUGCACACCAGUAGGUACUAGUAAGACCUAUAUAUGUUGAUGACGUUUAGCUGGCAAAAUGAAAUUGGAA